CCCCCUCCGCAGGUUACUUUGCUGAUUAACAAUGCUGGAGUUGUGUCUGGACUGCAUCUGCUGGAAACGCCGGACCAUCUGAUCGAGCGCUCGUUCAAUGUGAAUGUUAUGGCACACUUUUGGACCGCAAAAGCGUUUCUGCCCAAAAUGAUCGAGAAGGAACGUGGACAUAUCGUGACGAUCGCCUCUCUGGCUGGCCAUGUUGGCAUUAGCAAAUUGGUCGAUUACUGUGCCAGCAAAUUUGCAGCGGUUGGCUUCGAUGAGGCGCUGCGUCUGGAGCUGGAAGUUCUCGGACAUACGAACAUACAAACCACCUGCAUUUGCCCGUUCUUCAUACAGGCAACGGGCAUGUUUGACGAUGUGAAUGCCAGAUGGGUGCCCACAUUGAAUCCCAACGAUGUGGCCGAUCGCGUCAUCUCGGCCAUUAGGAAGAACGAGAAGCUGGCCAUCAUUCCCGGUUUCCUCAAGUUCAUGCUGUCCCUCAAGUGGACCUUCCCUUGGGGUUGUGUGAGCGGCUUGUUGCGUCGCCUGGUGCCCGACGCCUCGCCCCAUGGCCUGCCCAGCACCAGCAGUACUAGCAGCAGCAACAACAACAACAACAACACCACCACCACCACGAGCCCUGGCAAGGCGAAUGGCAACAUCAUAUCCUCAUCCACCGCCGCGGACAUGGCUGCCAUUGAUGCUCAGUUGAGCAGCGCCAGUGCCGCGCUGCCAGCCAAAUCACCCUCGAUGCUCAUCCAACGGACACCGUCAUUGGGGGAGCGGGUGCUCUGAGGAGCGCCGCCUGCCGGCUUCGCCCUUGCCUGCGCGUAUUUGUUGCUUUUGCAUUUUACGAGUUAUGUGUGUAAUUGAAUUUGUGUUU